UUAGCUAAUGGUGUUGGUACAGCGUUUUAAAAUGUAGCUAGUAUGUUUGGUGUUGGCUACUAGAAAGCUCUCUGUAGCUACACAAUGUUUUUUUCUCGAUGUUUUUUUGUUAUCAGUGUCUGUCAAUGUGUCCCAUAUGUUAGCUAACAUUAACGUGUAAUGUCUUCGUGUUUCGUUUCUAAUUGGUUAGCUAAUCCAUUAUCUUGAUUUGAGCCAGUAAUAAUUAUUGAGUGACCAGUUAGGAUAUAGAAAACCUAGCCAUUAGGUAUCAAUUUAAGCCUAACGGUUACUCUACCACCCACAGAAUUUUGAUCUGCCCGAAGUACCCCUCCCCCCGUGUAUUUUACCAGUAAACCUAUGGUCUCAUGACAUAAGUAUUCUCCAGUACCACCGCUAUGGAUAGGCCAAGUAACCGAGGGAACGACUUGUUUAAUGAUUUCUUGACUUGGUGUCUUGUCUACUUGGUUGAGUUGAGACAAAUAAAGAGGGAGAUGGCAGUGCCAGCGGCCGGGGGCGUAGACCUCAGUCGGAAAUUUGUGUCAGAGACUGUGAUCGAGGAGAAGAGGAAGCAAAGACAGGAGGAAUGGGAAAAAGUUAGGCAGCCAGAGGACCCAGAGGAGGCUCCUGAGGAAGAGUAUGAUGGGCGUUCACUCUUUGAGCGGCUACAGGAGCAGAAGGACAAGAAGCAGGAGGAGUAUGAUGAGCAGUUUAAAUUCAAGAACAUGGUCAAAGGCCUGGAUGAGGAUGAGUCUCACUUCUUGGAUGAGGUCUCCAGGCAACAGAGCCUGGUGGAGAAACAACGCAGAGAUGAGGAGCAGCAUGAGCUAAAAGAGUACAGAAGUGCUCUGAAAAAGCUGGCAUCCAGUGAGAGUCGGAAGGAGCCAGAGAGGAGAGUGGGACCUAGACCAGCUGAGGUCAAGACCAGUCACCUGUCCCAGGCCCAUCUGUUGGCCGGGGCAGUCAAGCGACGCAGCUCCUCACAGUCCUCAGACAAUAGCAAGAAACAGAAGGUUGAGGAGUCUGCAGCAUGGAAUGGGGGCCAGACAGAGCAGGAGGCGGGCGGAGAUGCGGGUAAGCAGACCUCCACAGUAAAGACGACAGGCAUCCUCCACCUGCCAUCGGCCGCCGUGUGUGUGGGCAUCCUGCCGGGCCUGGGAGCCUACUCCGGCAGCAGUGACUCUGAGUCCAGUAGCGACAGCGAAGUUUAAAUCCCUGGCAGCCUAACCUGACGACAUCCCCCUGCGGCUGCAAGCUGUGCUAUUGGCCAAGGGAACAGUGACUGACAGCUUGGGAUCAAGGACAGGACUGCCACAUCACAUUCAUACCAAACCUUAGAAAACAUCAAGAAAGCAAGCCUGAGCUUUGUGGGCAGUCUCAGAUGCAAUGUAUGUGGAAAUAUUUUUCCUUUUAUUUUUGUUUAUUUUUGAUGCGUCAGUGCAAAUAAUUCUGGAUUUGAAUGGACUUCUCUCCAUUGAAAUGUGUGUUUGAUCAUUGGAAGGUCGAGGCUUGGGGAGAAGAAAGUAAAGCGUUUUCUUUGUGUAUUUGGUGUGACGAGUUGAAUAAUGAAUGAAUGAUAAAUGGAAUGAAAUACAGUUUGAAUAAAAUGGAAGUGAUUUCUGUUUCUACUCAUU